UCAAAACAUUUUUUUUAUCAAUCUAUCUUAUACUAGAUAUUAAUCGUCUCCUCCUACUAAAAUGAAGAGCAAGUUCAUUAAGUCCUGUGAAAAGAAACUGAAAAAGAUGACAAGCAAAGUCAUAAUACCUUGUACGUCUUGCGAGGCAUGCUACGAGAGAAUUUGCUGGGCAUUCAAGAAGGAAGCUGAGGUGACACCAAAAGAUGUCCCUAAGGGACACUUGGUUGUAUAUGUGGGUGAGGAGUACAGGAGGUUUGUGAUAAAGAUCACCUUGCUUAAACACCCACUCUUCCGAGCAUUGCUGGAUCAAGCAGAGGAUGCUUACGGUUUCAGUGCUGACUCCAGACUAUGGAUUCCAUGCAAUGAGAGUACCUUCCUCAAUGUUGUCCGUUGCGCUGGUGCUCCCCAGCAUCAGAAUAACUGCAUAUGUAUCUAGGAAGGUUCUUGUACAGGGAACUCAAGACAGUCAUUGAUUUCUCCGGCUCCACGUUUACAAAAAGAAUAUUGUUUAAUGCUAAGCUAUCAGGGUACACUAAUAAUGUAAGACUUUUUGUAUUAAAUGUGUCUUUAAAUUCAGUGGGGAAUGAAUUAUUAGCUACAAGGAAAGCAAUAAAAUACGAUUGAAGUUCUGUGUCACACUUCUCCAGCUCCAAAGAAAUACAUAAGCCACAAAAGCAGAGCUUGU